CGGGGCAUUGAAGAGAGAGCUUAUUGCCCGACGGCAAUGGUCCCAAAGGCGAGAUGCAUCCCCUUGGGGUGGCUGCUCGCGGCAGUGGGGUGGAGCCUCUUUUUGGCAAGCUAUGUGGGCUUCCUCGAGACUCAGCCCCGACGUUUGGCAACUUCAGACGUCAGCUGUGAGAAUCAGACAGGCAAUGAGACCGAGGGCGGUGUCGAGCACGGAGCGAACGAGCACACGGCAGGCCACGAUGCCCACGGUCAUCCUCACGACGCUCUGGCGUUUCUACUGCUCUCCUUUAUCUUUGGAGUCUCUUUGACCGCGCUUACCAUGGUGGAAUACUUCAAAGGACUUCAGCAGACAGUGGCGCUGUUUAUUAGCGGCAUCAUCCUGGCGCUGAUCCACAACGCGGUGCCGGCCGAGAGCAUGAACGCCGUGUGGGCAAGCUCCUGGGAGAUGUGGAUGAACAUCGAUCCCCACCUCCUCCUUUUCACCAUGCUGCCGGCUUUACUUAUGGCGGAUGCCAUGACCAUCAACACAGGAGUUGCACAGAGAGUGGCCAAGCAGUGCCUGUAUUUGGCGGGCCCGGGUGUGAUCGCCAACACGCUGAUGGUGGCGGGAUUCCUUCAUUUGUAUUUGCCGUAUCAGUGGCCCUUCUUUCUGUGCCUGACAGCAGGCGCCAUUUUGAGCGCCACGGACCCUGUGGCGGUGGUGGCCUUGCUCAAAGAGCUCGGGGCGUCCCCCACACUCACAGUGCUCAUCCAGGGCGAAGCUCUGCUGAAUGACGGCACCUCCAUUGUAAUGUAUCUCAUCUCCUACAACAUGCUCAAGGGCGUGACCUACGACUCCUACUCGGCCACGGUGUUUUUGACCAGGACCAUCACCGUCGCCGUGGCCGCGGGGGUUCUCAUCGGCGUGGCGGCCUACCUCCUGCUGAAAAAGGUCGGGAGCCCCUUCGACCACAACAGCGGGAUCAUCCAGACCGUCCUGACGCUGGGCUGUGCCUACGUGAGCUUCUACUCCUCCGAGGGCCUCUUCAGCGCCAGCGGGGUUCUUUCGACCGUGGCUGCAGCGCUCGUUCUCGCGCGCAAGAUGUGGCCUGUCAUCAUUGACAGGGAGUCCCUCAUGAGCUUUUGGCACGUCUUUGAGUACCUCUGCAACACCCUCAUCUUCUUCCUCGCGGGUGCGCUCACUGGGAAUUCCAUGAUCAACAUCGAGGCCCAAGAUUGGGGACAUCUUUUGGUGAUCUAUAUCUUCCUGGUCUUGGCUCGUGGCAGCAUCGUGUUUUGCUCCAUGCCGCUGCUGCAGCUGAUGCAUCCGGCCCGGCAGAAGGUCACGGUGCAGGAGGCGCUGGUGAUCACCUGGGGCGGGCUGCGGGGGGCCGUGGGCCUGUCGCUGGCCAUCCAGGUGGCCAAGGACCGCGCCGGAGGCGUCCUCUCCUACGAGGACGCGCACCGGGUGCUGUUCUACGUGGGCGGCGUCGCGGCGCUGACGCUGGUGGUGAAUGCCACGACCAGCCCCUUGCUGGUGAGCGUACUGGGCAUCACUCGCUGGGAGAGCGCCAAGCAGAGCAUGAUGCUGAUGCUGCACUCCCGCUUGAAGGUGGAAGCGAAGCACCUCGGGACCAACAGUCAAGUGACCCACACCCUCUCCCAUGUCCUCGGGGACCUGAAGCACGAGAUCAAGAAGCAGAAAAUCGGCGAGGAGGACGAGGUCCAGGAGGUGGAGAUCGUGCACAGCAAGAGCAACGUCCUACAAGGGCAUGAGACACGACUUCGACGAUCCCGGGCGAGCAGGUUCACGGAAGAUGUGGUGCACGGCCUGCGGAAGCUGGGGGAAAAAGUAACUCUCACUGCCGGGGUCGACAACGUCAACGACUGGCAGGAGGGGAAGGCGAAGACGGAGGAGAUGCGACGGCAGCUGCUGAAGUCCCAGCAGGACCACUCCUGCGACGCCGGCUUCGCGGUCACCAUCCUGGAUCUGCUAGAUGAUUUGCCGAUGCAAAACGACAUGCCUCACAUCCACCACGUGGUGGAGAAGGACAACGUAUGGCCGCCAAUGCUGCGAGUUCUCAACGAAGCCUUCCUGAAGAUAGUGGAGAGCGAGUAUUGGGAGCUCAUCGAGAAGCGCCACUUCCCGGACACGGAGACGGGGGAGGCCCUGCUGCUCAGCGUCUCCAUGGCCCGGGAGACGCCGCCCCACGAGCUGAAGGACUUGGAACGACUGCAAGAUCUGAUCAAAGAAAAGGAAGACGAGUAUCAUGGCCAAAUCAGCCGAAGAAACUUGCACGAGACCAGCUCGCUGCAGAGACUCUGUAACUCCUUGCCCUUCACAAUCUUUAUGACCAUCGUCAUCGUCCUCAGCGUGGCGGUGGUGCAGUACGAGGACAUCGCGGCGGUGUCUUACAAGAACAUGGUGGUCAUUGUCCUUGAGGCAAUCUUCCUGACCAUUUUCUUUGUAGAGAUGGUGUUGAAGUUGACCGCCUUCCGCCUCAAGUACUUCUGGGACAGCUGGAACGUCCUGGACUUUGUCUUGCUCUGCACGGGAGUGGCAGGGCUGAUCUCGCAGAUCGACAGCCUACGACUGGACGACCUCAGUGAGAUGAGUGCAGAGAGCAGGCUUCUCCGCACCACUGGGACGCUGCGCAUCCUGCGACUCUUCAGAGUCUUCCGCCUCUUCCGCCUCACGGUGCUGGUGCGGCGCAAGCUGCGGCGCCGGGGCGUGUCUGCGGACAUGGCGCAGCACCUGCACACCAUGGCUCUCCUGGAGGGCUUCGUGUUGGGCCAUCUAAAGGCUCAGACCUCCAUGGUGAGGUUCUUCUGCCGAGGAACUUUGGACAACGACGAGAUCUGCCGGGUCAUCUUGCAGUCGCAGAUUCAGGUCUUCUGCGCGAUGCAGGCCGCCGUGGAAGAGGAGUCUCGGCUUGGCAUCGUGGUGCGGCGCAAUGUGAGCAACAUGCGCGAGAGCAUCAACGCGGUGCGGGAGCUGGAGCAUUUUGUGCUGGACGCGCGGAAGAUCGGGCUGUUGAACGCCACUGACACGGAGUCCUUGUUGCACCCCCUGCACGAGCACAUGGCGCACAUCCGCAAGAAGUUCUAUCGCUGCUUCAACGGCGACACGGGUUUUGAGGACAAAGAAGAUGAGACGGACGAGGAACACGAGCGAGUGAACUCCGAGACUGCCAGCGAGGUCUCCGAGGUCUUUAAGUCAGAGCGGGAGAGGGAGGAGAGGAAGGAGGAAUCUGCAGUGAGGAUCAGGUCCGAGGCGGAGGCCAAAGGGGACGAGAGGGAGGAGAUGAUAGCUGAGGAGAGGGCGGAGGAGAUGGUUGUUGAAGAGGCCAAGAACGAAGACCGCGCGGCCAAGGAGGUUCCGGUGACGCACGAACCCCCGGCGCUACCGGAGGCUAAGAGCGAAGACCGCGCGGCCCGGAGCCCCGGCGCCAAGGAGGUUCCGGUGACGCACGAACCCCCGGCGCUACCGGAGGACCGAGCCGAGCGCAAGGCCGCGGAAGCGCCGGAGGGGGCUGUUCCCGGGGCAGAAGAGCAGGCGCGAGAAGAUCAUGAGCUGGAGGUCCUUCCUGGGCGUCCAAUGCUCGGCUGAGCUCGGCCGAGCCCGGCCCAAGCUGCGCUUCCAAUUCGAGGGGCUGGGCGCAUCACCAGGCCAAGGGCCUCCACGACCUUUUUUUUUGGACCGUCCAGGCCUGGGUCAAACUCAGAGCCAGCGCCACUCGAGCUCCAAGUGGCAGUGAGCGUGUCAUUUGGCUUUUCGAGAGCUUUCCUUUGUUUUGAAGGCAAGGGCAACACGUGGAGCGAUGUUGCAUUUGCCAUGCCAAGCGCAGGUGUCACGUGAA